UAUUUCUUUUAAUGGCCAUAUUUCUUAACCCAUAAACAGGCAUACAACUGUACAGAGAGACCUCUCUCUGUGCAACAAGAUCAAUACGUCUGAAAUCUCACAAAAGUUAAGGGCAAAGCAGAGGUAUUUCAGGGCAUUCAAAAGAUUUGAACAAAAGUUGCUGAGCUGAUGCUAAUGAUACCAAUUACCUGGGUUGGAAUUUUUUGAGAGGAAACGUUAGUACUUCAAAAAUCCAAAUAAGGUCACUGGAAGACUUUACCAACUCAGCAAAAUUUCUCACUCUUCCAGACAUUCAAAAACACAGACAAAUUGAUGUGUAGUCUGAGAGAUUGCGCUGAAAAGAAAGAGAGCUAUUCAAAAAAGUUUACUGAAUAUAACUGAGGUAGAUCAUAACAGGUACCUGCUGUCCUUAGGGCAGUAGCAGGUAAUGAAAUUUGAUUCUAUAAUCCUGCUUCUCUGAAGCAUGCUCAGUCCCUAAAGAGCUCCUCUGUGACAUGCAAUCUAAAAGUGUGUUAUCACAAGUCUCCUUACAAUGGUGAGUACCAAACCCCAGGACUAUUGGGAAAAUAAAUGACUUCUUUUUUUUUCUCUGUCUUGCAACACUGAAAUGUAGUUUUCUGUUUAUUUUGAAAUGUGCUCUUGUGAUCAGAGCACUGAGUUAAUAGAACACAUCAGUGGGAACAAACUUGAAAUCUAUACCUUUCUGUUUGAGUACUUGUUCUGUUACUAACUGACACCACUUAUGCACACCUAAAGUUUUCACAAGUAUUCAGUAAUUUUAUUUAAAUUGCAUGUGCAGAAUGAAAUGCAGGAGUAAGGCUGACUGUCAGAUUCACACGGAACUGCUGAGCAGCUGUUUGACCAGUGCUAAACACGCCUAUUGCCCUCAGCGUAUCUGUGGUCUUUUGUUGUCCUCUCUUUACAGAGAAUGGCAAUUAAACUGUCAAGCCCUCCUGGGAUGGGAGGAAAGAACUGGAGGAAAAGGAAACAGAAGGAAAACAGACAACUGAUGACAGGAGACAAAUGUGCCAUGGACACGGGCUGGCCAUUUGUUUCAUCUGCCACAAUGCCAGUACAAUGGGAAUACCUGAACACUAGCAGUGUUGAUGGCAAAUGACUUGCCUUAGUCCUUAGACUUAGUGCUGAGAAUACAGGCAGGAGAGAAAUUACAAAGAACUUAAUUAUUUACUACUGAAGCCCUGGCCAUAAUUCAGGUCAACUCCUAAACUGUUUUCUCACAACAGCUAAAGAAAGACAUCCUUUAAAUAACAAUGACCAAGGGAACUGACAAACAGUGAAGAGUUCCGUGUUCAUUCCUCUCUGUUUCUUGCUUUUCUAAAAAGCACGUGUGAGUUGGUAGAAGUUAGGAAAGUGGGGGGGAAAAGGAGAGAAUAAAAUGAAUAAAGGGAGAGCAGUCUGUUUUUUCUUUCAGGUACCCUCCAGCUGGUGAAUGGUGAGGGCACACCGUGACCUUAAUUGAACAUUAGGCUACAUUUUUUGAGCACAAUUGCUGAUUGAACAGAAUAAUUCUCUUCCCAGCUAGGCAAGUAUUUCUUGUGCCUGUGGUGAGUCUGAUUUAAGGGAAAGGCGGUCCACGUGGGGAGCAGACCCUUCCCCACACGGGAGAUAAGAGAUGCAGUUCCCCUAUGCCAUCUGGCUUUACUCAAGCGGCCCAACACAGCUCCUUGCGUACGUGGAGCUGGGAGAAAAAAUACCAAUUUAAAAAUGCAUGUCCAAGCCCCCACUAGGACACGGGAGGCCUCGGAGCAGCGCUCAUCUCCCCACCGGCGGAGUCGAGGGCUGACCGCCCUCGCGCUAUCUCUGCGUAGCUUUGGAGGAUGUGGGAGACCACAGAGACCAUCACGGAAAAGAGUCUGGCCCGGCCUACAGCUCCCAGCGUCCUUUGCAAAGACGCGUUGCCGAGACGACGGCCAAAGGGCCUCCACGGGGUUCGGGGGCACUGGCCGCGGUUCUCUCGCGAGAGCUGCGCUUAAAUCCCAGGAGACUCUCGCGCGAAGGGCGCGCGGUGCUGUCAUGUCGGCGGCAGGCGGCGAGGAGGGGCUGUUCGCGCUGGAGGUGCUGGUGGAGGCGGUGCGGGUGGCGACCCCGGGCCCCGCGCUGCGUCCGGCCGUGGCGCUGCGCCUCCUCGGCUUCCCUACCCUUCUGCUGCGCCCCGCCGCCUCCGCCCCGCCGCUCCGGCCCGGCCGGGCCUUCCCCUUCGGCCGCGGCAAGCGCUGCCUCUUCCGCUGGCUCCGCGGCUCCCUGUGCGCCGCGCUCCGCCGCCAGCCGCUCCGCGCCCUGCUGCUGGCGCAGCCCGUCGGGCCCGCUCCGGAGCCCCCCCGCCUCCUCGGCAGCUGCAGCAUCUCGCUGGCCCCCGACGCCGCCGAGGUGCUGCAGCGGCCCGAGGAGCCUGUUCGCUGGGGCCGCCGCGGCCGCUUCCCGCUAAGAGACGCAGCGGGCCGCGCGGUCGGGGAGCUGGUGCUGGGCUUCCGCCUCAGCAGCCUGGAGGCCGGGGAGCAGUCGGGCCCCGCCACGCCACCCCGCGCCUCUCCUGCGCCGGAGGACGAAGAGGAGGAGGCAGAUGAGGAAGAAGAGCGAGGCGAGGAGGACGGCAACGUCAUCUGCCCUCCCGUGCUGUAUUACAGCCGUGAGCCGGCUGAGCCUCGUUUGCCACCAGCAGCAGCCAUGGGGUGCUGGGAACAUGUUGUGGUACAAAACCCGCAAGAGCAAAGCAAUGUCCAGAGCCCCCCACGCCCCACUGCAGGGCCCUCCUUGCUACACCCCAGCAGCCCCCAGCAGCUCUACAGUACCCUGGCACAGUUGCCACUGCUCAGUGCCUUGCUGGCAGAGCUGUCAGUGCUCACCCGCUCUGCUACACCUGCUGCUGUCCAUCCCCAUCUUGCCUGGCUCUACCAGGCCCCAGGGGACUGUGGCACUCGUCCACAGCCAUCCAGCCAUUCCCCUGCCCUCAAGCCUGCAGAGGUGCCAGUGAGGCCAAGCAGGAACAGCGAAGCUACCAGCUCUCAAUUCAAGCAAGGCCAGCAGCAGACUACCUCACCAGGGUCUUCUCAGGCUGGGAAAAGAUCUAAGAAAGCUGCACCCCACAGAGAGAGAGAAUCUGAGAGAAACUGCAAAACUAAAGAAAACACACCUCCCAGAAGGAAACUGUUGUAUGGGCUGACAAAUACACUGAGGCUACGGCUGAAGCAAACCAAUCCUGAUAAGCUGAUACGGCUUGAAAAGAGAGAACAGUACAGAAAAAAGCAAGUGGAGAUGUUAAAGGUGCAAAGCCCAUUAUCCAAAAGAAAGCUGCUCAAAAAUGCUGGAGAGCAGUGUGUGGUUUCUCACAGGCAGUGUAGCAAGGGAGACAGUUCAAAGCAGAACGGUCAGGUUGAUGAAACUGAUGAGACUUCAUUACUAAACAGUGUUCUCAAAGAGUACUUUUCCAGUACAGAUGUUUGCCCUGACCUACAGAAGCAGGCUGCUGAAAGUCCGUUGAGGAACAACGGGUUUGCAAGCAAAGAACAUCCGUGCAAAGCAACAGCAGCCUCCUUAUUGGAGAAAACUAUAUUAAAGUCUACUCACAAAGAAAAAGACUUGAAAGUUCAGCUCCCAGCAGCUUUCGCAUCAGAUGCUAAUGUGAAGGGAAGUAAUGAUAAUGAGGAAGCAAUACACUUAAUCCAUCAUAAAAUCAUGGAGCACGAUAAUACCUCUGUUGCAAGUGAUCAGAAACGAAGCCCCAGCAGGACUGCUGAAAAAAGCUCUGAAUUCAUUUACUCUGAUGAUUUUGUUGCAAGUCCUGACAACAUAGUUUAUUCAGAAGAUUUCACCAGUGCUGAGUGUACAGACAGAGACUUGGACGCUCUUGACAGCAGUCCUGAACCUCUCUGGCUUGAAAGCCCAAAUCGUCCUUGGUCAGAUACAGAGGUGAAAUCCAGCAGGUCCAGAUCUUCAAAAGCAAGUGAAAGAGCUGAAAGUAUGUCAGAUCUUCUGCCAGUGCAUUCAUCUUCAUCACCCGUCUCUUCUUUGAAGAGAGACCAUGGCUUGAAAAACAGCAAAGGAACUGGUGGUGAAUCUGUUGAUUUACUUAAUGACACCUCUCUCUGGGCAGGAUUAUUAGAUGAAGAGCAGGAAGCCCACCAGGUCGAUAACGAAGAGAACAGAGUUGAUCAGCAUAUUAAACAAGCAUCUAUACUGAAAAGUGAACAAGUUAGCUCUGAUACUGAUCUGAAUACAGGAAAAGGACAGACCUCUGCAGAAAAAUGUCAGUCAGUAACUAAAGUGUGCUCCUACUUACCAUGUAACUUGUCUGAUCUUGAACUUAGUGAUGUGGAAAACAGUAGGUCAUGCAAAGAUUAUGAUGAUGUUCUGGGAGACCUACAAGCUCCUUCUCAAUACAAAGACAUCAGUGAACUUGUAAUAAACAAUCUCCCGGGAUACACAGUGUAAUUGUAAGUUGUCACUGUCUGGAUUAAAAUACAGUAUUAAAACUAUUUUUAUGAA